AUGGCAAAUGCAAGCAUCAUUCAGAGAACUGAAACCAUAUUAGAGGUAAAGAUAGAACUACCAGCUAAACGGAAGCGGAAGACGCCAACGAUGUUAGAUGAACUUACAGUAGACGAACGUGACGAAUCUAAAGCUUUGAAACAUUACAAAAUUCACACUUACAAUGUGGUGAUGGAUCAGGUAGUUCAAAGUCUUGAGUCACAUGCCGACGUUGAUAAAAUAAAGGCCGAAUGGUUAUCAUUUGUCACUAACUAUGAGAUUUUGAAAUUGUCCUUGCCCUUAACAACAACAUUGAGAGAGAAUGCAUAUCAAAAGGAUGACAUAGAAGAACCGCUCUGUUAUCAGCAUACAAAUGGAGCAUGCGGAUCGUUUCCAUCUUGUGUGUUACGAAUUCUUACAGCAUAUAGACUCAACGACAAAACCUAUGACAAUUUGUAUUAUAUUUGUAAAAUAAUAUGUACUAUUUCUGUAACACAAGCCGAAUGUAAAAGAUCGUUUUCUAAGUUAAAGUUAAUCAAGACAAGAUUGCGUAAUUCUAUGUCAAAUGACUACUUAGAGUCGUAUAUGUUGAUGUCUGUAGAAAAAAAUCUACUUGAUAGCCUUGAGUAUGAUACGAUCAUUCAAAGAUAUGCAUUUUCGUCCUCUGAAUUGAGCAAACUGUUUAAAGAAUAG